AUGAGUGCCAAUAUAAAUCGAGCUACGAGUUCAAUCAUACUGUUGGCUGUCCUCCUCCUUUGCGUAUGCGUUGGAGUGGACGCGGCGUGCUCGAAGGUGGUUGCGAUCGAGCACAGCACUCUUUUUGGAGGUCAAGGUGGUCAAGAUGGCGGUCACGUUAACCGGCACCUCAGAGCUGGUGUGAAGAAGUACGGGGAUCGAGACGACCGCGACGAGGAGAGAGCGAUUGGGUCCACUACAGACUGGCUGGUUGCGAGUACCAAGAAGUUGUGGGGGAAACGAAGCCAAGUCGCCAGCAGACCGAGACGGCAGACGACCUUUUUGCCAUUCUAAAGACCGAGAAGCACUCGUCAGCGUUCUUCAAGAGGGUAUUUCAAAAAUGGGUAGAACGAGUUGGCAUGCUGCACCCAGGGGGGACAUCUACUGCGAAAGACCUAGAAAUCCUUGAUAAGCUGACAGGUCUCUACGGUGCU